UUACCAAAUUGGCAAAUUCAGCAUGAAACUGACUUAUCUACAAAGUUCAAUUUUUUAAAUCGGAACUCAUCAGAAAAAGAAAGAAAGUUCAACUUGCAACUUCAGUUUUAUUUCUCUUUUAGAAUAGUGAUAUGUCUACUCUGAAGCAAAGUUAAAUCCCCAAACCAAAACCCUAGGUUCUCCCUGCAACAUUUCUGCCACAGUGCUGCCGCGUCCGUGCUGUCGGCGUCGUCCGUGGCCAAGCCCUCUCUUGUAGCUCGGCGUCCUCCUUCCCCCUGUCCUCCGUCCGUCCUCCGUGGCUUCUCUGUUUUGUUGGCUUGAAGCAGCUCGCCGUGUCGUCGGUCGCCGUCGUCUCCCCGGUCGCCGUCCGUGUCUCCGUCGAAGGAAUUUUCUACCAUAAUGGAAGAGACUGAAACUUGUGCAAACCACAGCCCGCUCAUUCUGUUAAAGCAAGGUGCUGAAGCUAGGGUUUUUGAGUCCAAUUUUGUGGGGAGGAGGUCUGUUAUCAAGGAACGCUUCUCAAAGAAGUAUAGGCAUCCAACUUUGGAUACUAAGCUUACCCUUAGGCGCUUAAAUGCUGAGGCUAGGUGCAUGACCAAAGCGAGAAAGCUUGGGGUUUGUACUCCUGCACUCUAUGCCGUGGAUACUGUGUUGAACACUUUAACUUUUGAGUAUGUUGAGGGCCCUUCCCUCAAAGAAGUACUUCUUGAAUUUGGGUUGAAAGGUGUUGUUGAAGAGCGGCUUGAUGAUAUUGCUUCCCAAGUUGGUGAUGCAAUUGGUAAAUUGCAUGAUGGUGGCCUUAUUCAUGGUGACUUAACAACAUCAAAUAUGUUGCUGAAGAGUGGUACCAAUCAAUUGGUCCUAAUUGACUUUGGAUUGAGCUUCACUUCAACUCUACCAGAAGAUAAAGCUGUUGAUUUGUAUGUUCUGGAAAGAGCUCUUCUUUCAAUGCAUUCGUCAUGUGGGAAUGUGAUGGAUCGGAUACUUGCUGCAUACCGCAAGUCAUCAAAGCAGUGGUCAUCCACAUUGAAUAAACUUGCUCAAGUGCGACAAAGAGGGCGAAAGAGGACCAUGGUUGGAUGAUUCUUUUUCAAUAAUAGUUUCCUUGCUGCAGUAAAAGAAAUAUGUUUUAGCAAUGUAAUGAAUAUUACUAAUGUAAUUUUCUUCUGAACAUAAUGUAUUAGACUAGAAGUGUAAGUUAUUAGGUGAAGGCUCAGAAAUGGUAUCAUUAUUAUAUUAUCUCUGUAAUAUUUUCCAUCUUCACUAUGAACAUAUCCACAUUAUUUGGAAUAGAAAUUCAAAGUCACAUUGCACUUUUAGUUGCCAUUAGGGGUGGCAAACGCGCCUAAAUCCGCUGGACUGGCCCGCAUAACCCGCCAAAAAAGGCGGGUCGGACUGGAAAAUUGAGGCUGCCUAACCCGCACCGCGGAUUUUGGCGAGGCGGGGCAGGGCGGGCUUUUCCGUCAGGCUCAGGAUUUUUUUCAAGAUGUUUUAAUUUAGUGUUUUGGAUUAUAUUUUACGUUUGAUUGAUUAUGUUCUAAAUUUGUAGAUGUUUAAUUAUAUAUUUUAGAUAAUAUUUAUUUUACUUUGUACAA